UCUCCUCCCCUCCCGCGAAGACUUCCCCUGUGCGCGAUCAGAGGUUCAGAGAUGGGGACACGAUAUAGAAGGGGCUAACGAACCGACGCGGCACUUGAGCAGCCAAGACCCACGAGCGCGUUGGGAGCCCGGAACAAGUGUGCCGCAGCCAGCAGGGCAGCGCAGAGCAGGCCACUCGCCGUUGCGUACUUCCGCGCCCGCGAAUCUAGCACCGGCGGAUCUUGGCGCCAUCGAUCGGUGCGCGGAUCUCCCGGUCCCGGCCGCGCUCAGGGGCCAGGAGCCGUACGCCCGCGCGAGGGCGCCCACCUCUGCGCCUUGCCGUGAACUGCUACUUACCAAUUCACCCCCCUGUUUCCUUGCAUCGUUUCACUCGUGCAGGGCCGGGGGCAUGUGCCUUGGCAGGAGGGGGGUAGCAAUGGUGGCAAGCGAGCGCCUCUGCGCGUUUGGGCUGGUCGUUUGGAUUGCGCUUUUGUUGGCUUGCGCUUGGAGCCUUGGGCGGGGAGCAAGCGGGGGGAAUCUCUCGUGAGCUGGGUGCGCGCGCGACUGUGCGGUGCCGAGUCGUGGAGACCCACGCGUCAGUUUCGGCCACCGUAUCCUCCCCGGCUCCCUACUAGUCCGCUCGCCGCCGGGAUCGCUGCUUUUUGGCGAGUUCGAGGUUGAUCCGCGCGAAAGUUUUCAGCGAAAGCUUAGCUCCUUCCCUCUUCUGGGCUGCACGUAAACCUCGCCAGUUUCCUCGACCAGGCACUAGGGUACUGACGGCAACAUGAGGCGUAUCAUGAGAUGGCUCAAGCAGCUACUGACGAGCAGAAAGGAAGGGCACAAAGGCCUAGAGGAGAACCAUGUCGCUGGCGACUGGAACGAUGGGACCGAGAGGGAGAAGAAAAGGUGGAGCUUCGGCAAGCAGAGAACGAGUGGAGUUGACGGCUGCAGGCGGCCUUCAAGUCAGGCUGCUGUCGCUGUCGCCGCUGAGCCGCCGCAGGUGAGGCCACGCCGCCGCGGUGGGGAGGAGGAUGCCAGAGCUCGAGAGGAGAAGGCGGCCGUCUUGAUCCAGAAAACCUUCAGAGGCUACCUGGCCAGGAAAGCGCUUCGCGCUCUCAGGUCACUCGUCAAGCUACAGGCUCUGGUCCGAGGCUACCUCGUGCGGAAGCAGGCAGCCAUGACCCUGCACAGAUUACAGGCGCUCAUGCGGCUGCAAGCCGACUCCAUCGCCGUCAAAGCUUCAUACCGGAAAUCCAUGGAGCAAGAGGAGAGGAACUUUGCGCAAGAACCAAGGGUGAGAACACCAACGACGCCGGCGCACCGCCGGAGUCUGUCCGACAGCACGGACUCCAACUACGAGCGCAGCCCGCGGAUCGUGGACAUGGACACGUGCCACCGCCACUCCCGGUCGUCCCGGAUGAUCGUCCCGUACGUCCCCGGUCACUCGUCGGAGCACCGCCUCGCGGCACCGAUGCCUUCGUGCUCGCCGCUGCCCGGCAAGCUGCAGCCCGCGCGGCUCUCGUUCCGGCGGAGCAGCCACGAGCGCGAGCGCGACCCCCGGGGCUCCAAGACGGCACAGAACACGCCCCGCUUCGCGUCCUACGAGUACGACUCGCCCGCCAAGAGCGUCGAGUACGGUGGCCUUGUCACCACGCCGCGGCGCGCCUCGCACCGGGACGCGCUCGUCAGCCCGCGGUACAUGGCGGGCACCGCGUCCUCCGCGGCGAGGACGCGGUGCAGCGCGCCUAGGACGAGCCUGACACGCGCCGGGACGCGGAGGUCGUGCUCGCAUGCGCACGGCGGCUUCUGCUCCCAGUGCUCCGACGCCGCCCGGACGGCGGGCUUCUCCGAGCUCAGCGUCAGCGACGAAGCGGCCAGAGAUUACUACCUGGACAACAUGUGGUGAUCACUUGACAUGGUGCAAGACUCGUGUAUUUGUGUUUAGACUGUAGAUACGUAUCCGGAUCUGUACAUACUCGGAUGCUUAAACAGCCUUCAGGUCACGGCUUGAGAGAAACAUAACACGGAACAGGAACAGGAACGAAAAUUUCUA